GCAACGGGGAAGUGAGAUAAGGCGGUGGUGUUCCCAAAAGCUCCUUCAGUGCCAUCCGCGCGUCAGCACGCCAAGUCGCUUCAAGCUGUUGAAAUACACGAGCCAGACCACCACAUCGGACUUUUCUCCCAGGAUAACUUGGAAGUCACCUUAUUCUGCUUGCUUAUUGUGCAGAAACACAGAGUCUAUAGGAUGGGUGCCGUGAUCCUCAUCCUGCACCUAGGCCUCUUAAUCAGCUUUGGCUUCACUGAAUCUUCUGAAGAUCAUCCAAGAGCAGAGCCCAACCUGGAUCUGGAAUGCCUUAACGAUUACCUAACCGAGAUGGUGUGCCGUUUGACCUCAGACCAACUUGAGACUUGCUCCGAAUACAGUCUCAGUGUGUCUAGAGAUACUACAAAAUAUGAACUGUUUGCAUGUGAUUUCAAGCAAUUUAAUUCCAGUGCAUGUGAAUGCUCGAUCGAAGUGCCAUCUGGCUUUGUUAUAAUGGAGAACUUCAGCGUUAACGUGUCGAGAAGGAAAAACUUGUUGUUCAGUCAAAAUGUCAGUACUACAGAAAACAUUAAGCCUAAAAAACCAUUCAUUGUGUCAGUCAAUCAGACAAAGAAUGGAGACUUUCUUGUUGUCUGGGACUCCGUAUAUAGGACUGAAGACUCUACAUUCAGCAGUGAUCUGAUUACGGAGCUCAUUUACUAUGUCGAAGGAAACAAAGGAAGCAUAAAAAAUGUGACAGUGACAAAAGAACAGCAGGAAUAUAGGCUUUUAGGCAGAAACCUUGAGUCAAAUUCCAACUAUAUUGUGAUGGCAAGAGUGAGAUCACGCUUAAAUUCAAGAUUCAGUGACUACAGUGAUCCAUAUAGGUUUACCACACCCUCCUCUCCAAAGGACGUUCUCAAGAUAAUAAUUCCCAUCCUAUGUAUAAUUCUGAUCAUCUGCAUAUUCACCAGCUACUACUCUUACAACAAAAUUCUGACAGAGUGGUGGGACAAGAUUCCUACUCCGAAAAUAGCUACUAGUUUUGUAAAACAGGUCCCAAACUUGCUGUUGUUUCAAAAUGACUUCUCGUCUGUCCGUCUUGACUCUUCGAAACUGGUCCAACCUGGGGAGAAGACACGGCCAGCGUCUUCUCUGGUAGACGUCAGAGGUGAAAAUAGCCUCAACAGCCUUGGUAAGAAUGGCAGUUCAGCUGAAGUGAUUUAUGGCCAAACAGGCAAUGAGAGUUCAGAAGAAAACAGCAAUGAAAAUAACACUCAAUGGGAACUUGUCAGAGCAUCUCAAUCAACAAAUCUUUGUCAAAUGCCAAUGUCGAACAAAUACUAUAAAAACCUGAACUCAAACAGUGACGAUUGUAAUGUCCAAAGUGAGUGUGGGAAUAGCUCUGGUGUCAGUAACAAGUUCUAUAUGUUUUCAGUCUCUGAUAAGUUUCACAACCCAGCUAUUAGUCACUUUAUGAAUGACUUUAAUGAGAGUGAGAAUGUGUUUCCUGGUCUGGCUAAAAACCUGGACCCAGUGAUCCCGACAGACUUUGAGUACGGCCCGUGUACUGGUUGCUCAGGAUCUGAAAACGCCAGCCCGACUCAGUUCACACCCUCCAGCAACGACAUUGCUGUGGUUCCUGGAUAUCAGAGCAUCAAUGAGGUCAUAGAUUGUGCAUCUACAGACCACGCAUUUAUCAGCUCUCAUAAUGACAUUAAUCUAAUCAUGGAAAAACUAAUCUGCAGCAAGAUCCCACAGAAUACUUCCUGUCAAACCACCAUCAUCCCAGUCGAGAAUGGAUAUAAAGAUUUUCAAAGCUUGCUCAGAAAUUCGGAAGAACAACAGAGCCUCACCACUGAACCUGAAUUAAAACAUCUUUGUGGCCCGGCUUUGCAUAUCUCUCCAGGUAUUCAAAUCGACUCUUCCUAUCACAGGGUUUAAGGUCACAGCUUAGGACAGAAUUUCCGUAAUUGUAUUUACAGGAAAGACAUAGAAGGUAUAAGCAUAAUUUUUUUAUCCACUACCAAUUAAGCAGUGAACUCAUGCUGAAAAAAAAAGAGGUGUGUUUUCUUACGACACACUUGCGUACUACUCAGUUAGCACAGCAGCAUUAUUAUCCAUUUAUCGAGGUCUGCUGUUUAAGCUUCCAUUAAAUCCAUAAGCAUGAGCAUUAGCAAGAUGACUUUGUUGGAAGUAUGCCAAGUACAGAUAUGUUUGCAAACUAUGGGCAUAUAACUAAUAUAAAUUUAAGUGUUACACUUUACUUCAUGGUUAUUGAUGUUUUUUUUACUGCAGCCUUUGGCAUGACAUUUAGGCAAUACAGUAAUUUGCAUCUAUGUAAUGAAUGACUCAGUAAAAUAAAACACGCUUGCCAGUAAAAAGGUUAAAUGUCUACUAUCAAAAAGCAGAAGUAUGGCUGAUGAUUUGUUGUUUUUAUUCUAUCUUGUAUUAUAUGGUAUGGUCAGUAAUGCAACAAGAUAAGGUUAGGUUUGGAUAAUAAUACAUUUAGACAUGGGAAAUUAAAACUUCAGUAAGGUUUAGGAAAAAGGAAGACAUGUAGUAUUGUGGUGUGUAAUUACAGAACUUGUGAAUGCAAGUGUAGACCAAACUGCCUUACCACACUUCCUUGGUGUCUCUCACUUAAAAAUAGUGAUCUGCUAUCAUGUACUUACAUCGCAGUUUAAUGUGAGAGUGUGAUCUUCGAUAAGACAGCACACAUUGGAGCCUGCAGAUCUAUUUGGUAUUGAUAAAGAACCACAAGAGCAGAAAUUUCAGCCAAAUAUAGUAAAGUGAUAGGCCGUGUUUAUUAUUAUAUAGUCUACUGGAGGCCAUAAAACUGAAAAGAAAACGUUUCAUCAGAAGCGUCAUGGGAAUAGUAUGCAUGAUGAAAUGUCGCGUAGUUGUUCUGCCUCUGAGAAGACCUGACCAAACUAGUCCGAGCUGUUUGUUCCUCUGAAUGUAAAGUUACCCUGUUAAGGAAAGACAUGGUCAUGGAAUGUACGCCUUUAUUAAACUGUACCUGGGGAAAUCUUUCGAGAUUUUAUACAUGCUGCCAUAUGUAAAUAAUGUACACUAUAUAAUACAACUAGUUUGUGCCUUUAAAUAUUCAAUUUCCUUUCAGAGUUGCUUUUGGUGGCAGAGAUGUUCAUUUUUUCUUCAAUGCACAGUUCAGAAUGCUUUUAUGUAGCUUGAGUUAGUCUUCCCAAACACUAAGAGUGAGUGUAGAGUAGGGAUUGUUAUGAUCUGUUCAAUGUCACCACCACUGUGGACAAGAUAGGGACAUAUUUGGACUGACUGAAUAAUCACAAGUGGGUUCAGUAGAGGUCAAAGCACAUGCUAAGCAAAGCACAGACAUAAAGAACUAGAAGACAGUGAGCACAGUUUAAGAUUACUGAAUAAGCAUCAGCAAUACAAGAUCACACAAGACAAGCGGGGAAUGUAUACACAAGCUCACAAGGAAGCGCUGCAAACAGAGCGGACAGACAUGCUAAAUCGUUAGGGACGAAUCAGGGUGGAGCUGGAACAGGGCCUGAGAAAAUGACACCUGUAAAGAAGUACAGGACCACAAUGAUUUUCUCUACGAGUCUCUUGAAUGGUUUCAGUAAAGUGAGGUAGAGUGGUAUAGCAGGGAGCGCUACUGCCUCAGAGCUCCAGGGUCUUCGGGUCGACCCUCUGCUCAGGUUACUGGGGCUCAUUGUUCAAGCUGGAUACAAGCAGAUGUAUCUGUAAAAAUAGUUUGUAGGUGCAUUUACAUAAGAAAUUUGGUAUUCAUGAAAAUUCUGUAAGUUUCGAAAAAACAUUUGUGUCCUGCUCGUGCUCCUGAGUGUGUGUAAAUUUGUUUAUAAGAAAACUAUCUAAUGUAAAACUCAAUCGAUCAGCUUCAAAUCAUCAUUCGCAAUGAGUUACUGCGAUUUUAUAUAUACAGAUUUUAUAGACGGAUAUAGUAUCUUACAAUGUCAAGUUUAAAUAGCUUAUGUAUUUCAAAUACACACACAUUUUGUGAAACCCAGUCCAGAGCCAGCGCUAAGUGUCCGAUAAGUGACCUAUCUGGCAUGUCUCAAGCUGCUGUGUGCUAAAAUUGUAUAAUACAGGCUUCCUGCUUUUCCAUCACGGUGUCAGGGAAAGUGAACUGGUAUGCGAGGGAGAUCUAGCUGACAGUCACCAAGACACUUUGCUUUGAAUUUAAAAAAAAAUAAAAAAUAGCAGUUUCUCUGUGUGAUGUGCUUGGUGAUAUAAAUAGUCUAUUUUUCCUCUGUUUUUAAUUGUCCAACCUUUUUCUUUUCACCUUUUCUGUAAUUUGCCUCCAGAUUUUGGCCUUUUCUUGUGCUGUUACAUUGUUAAAUAAUAUAUUUUUUAAUUGGUAUAGAUGUGAGUCAAAAUAACUUUCAUGUCUACUGCUGAGAAAGUCUUUUCCUGCCAUUCACUUGUCAUUUCAGCUCUGUGAGUUUUACCUUUUAUGGAGUUUUUGGUCGUGAACAAAUACAAAUUAGCUGAUUGGCGUUCAUCAACAUACGCACAUGAGUUUGAAGAAAAUCAGCAUUUCCAAAACUUUUACAAACCCUGCACAUAUUUUUAGUCUGGUUUGGCUUAUGCAAAUAUUUACAUGCAACUUUACUUAAAUAUUUAUAAAUGUGGCCCACUGUAUAUGUAGAGCUUUGCAUGUUUUUCCUAAGUUUCUCUGGCUUCUUCAGAUUUCCUUGCACCCCAUGCCAACCUCAUUUCCUUGCACUUAAAACAUGUCAGGACAUGUCUGUGAUCUACUGGCAUCUCAUAUAGGGUGUAUUCCCACCGCGCACCCAAUUUGUGCCCAAGUGACAGGCUCUCGAAUCAGAAAUGUUACAUCCUGAAUAUAGAGAAAUCAACCGUUCAUUGCCUGUAUGUGAGUGCAAAACAUUUAUCAGACAAAUAAACCCUUUCUGGUUCUUCUGUUACUUACUCUGACACGGCACACAUCGUCUUGCCUCAUAUUAAGAUGCAUGAGGGGUCCAUUUGCUGGACAAUGCAGACUCAUAUUUCACCUUAAUCACAGACAGGAAGAGAUGCAAGUAGAAAGAAAAGAGGGAAAUGAGUAUGCAGGAAUGUUUCUAGAUUGACUGUGAUACUCGACACAGGCACAGUUCUUUUCAGGCAGGAAAAGGGGGUGGGGGGGCGAGUACGUUUUAUUGUAUAUUGUGUACACAGCUGUGUGUCACAUUUGGCCAAAAAAAAAAAAAAAUCUUUAAAAAAACUUUAUCUUUGUAAUGUGAAUGUAUCCUUUCAU